AUGAUCCGGUGGGUCAAACUCUCGGUUUUCCCCCUGGAUAGCUGUGUCGCUCGAUACAGCAUCUCGUUCGCUGGCCUCAAAUUGCGCUUAAACGAAAUAUUUGAAGAUGGCCAAGUUACGCCUGCUGUUAUGCAGAUCGAGCGAGCGCUGCGUAUUUACGAUAUGGGAAAGAACUGCGGUCGGGCACCGGUCACCAUCAAGGAUAAGGGUAUCGCGGUUGUCGCCUGCACUGCCAUUGGUUAUGCCGUUGUGCGCCAAGAUCCGGCCAUCGUGGCGCUGGAAAAAAACCUUGUUGCGAAACGCGAGAAGGCCAGUAGGCAAGAAGAGUGUUUGAAGGUGAUUGAACUACACGAAGAGGAUGCAAGACGGAUUGAUGCGUUGGACAAGAAUAGAAUUCGGUCAUGUAUGCAGCCUGAUAAGCAGGGAAAGGUGCUUGUGUGGAGUUUCGAUCGCUUGAGAUGGCGGCGAGAAGAAAGAGUGCUUCAGAUAGAAGCAAAUAUUUUAAGGUGGAUAUGGAAUUACGCCGGAAUGACUGGGGUUUCAUCCGAGGCCCCGCGGACAAUCCCAAAGGCUGGUCUUGUGAUAGUUGGGCGGCGUGCCGGGCGGGCGGAUCGCCCAGCUGUCAGCGCUAGCGUGGAGUACGGAACAGAGAAAUUUGUUGAAGAGGCUUCUGGGAUUCCCCGCCGUGAUGAACUCUUCAUUACCACGAAACUUCCCUUGAAGAACGCAGGGCUGGAUUAUUUUGACCUUGUAUGUGAACUUUGGCUCAUUGCCAAGACAAUCGUGCCUUCUGAUGAUGGUACCGCUGUAGUACCUGGUACUUUGGCCUCACAGCGUGGCAUAGUAUGGCCUGAAAACCCUGACUCGCAUGGUCAGGUUAGACUGGAUGAAACAGGCAACUUCAACGAUACCUGGGCCGAAAUGAAGAAGGUCCUCGCCAAUGGGAAGGUUAAAGCGAUCGGACUGAGCAAUUUCUCCGUAAGACGUACAUAUCUUUGUAUGGGUGGAGGCCGUCUUCUAAACGAGUCGACUGAGCAUUGCGUAAAUAUGACCGGUCAGGAGAAGGAACUUUACCUUGGCAUCAGGAUGCACUCUUAUCUAGUGCAGAAUGAGUGUUAG